AUGGGAGCAUGUUCAACCUGCAUGAAAAACCUAACAUAGCCAAGCAAGGAUACUUUAGAAGCUCCGCCUCUUUCAAAAGUACAAAGAGCCAAAUAUAGCUAAAGGAAUAAUUAGGAGUAAUACCCGUUUAGUCAAUUUAGUAUUAAUUAAGAUGAUUCAUAGUCAAUAACUGAGGAAAUCAAUAACUAAAUCCCUAAUAAAAAGAAAUAAUGUGAUCAAAGCAUUCAGUAAUAAUAUACUAAGGAGUUUGAUUUAAUAAAUGAUGAUACAGGAAAAGUAGAAGUAAAUUAGAAAAGGAUUAAGGAGUCAAUAAGUGGUUUGAACAUAGAGGAAUAGAAGGUUUUAUUAAGCUAUCUCCAAACUCUGUUAAGCAAUGAAGGGAAUUAGAACAAUCAUUAGGAAUAAUAAGAUUGUAAAAAUUAAGAAUAUAAAGAAAGUUAUCAUAUAGUUGAGGAGCCAUUUAAUGAUGAAUGA